CUGAAGAAAUGGUGGCCUCACUUUACAGUCCCACAUGCUCGUUGCUUCUCCGUCUGCCUAUCUUCCAAAAACAUACUAGUGAUCAAUAUAAUGCAAGGAAAUUGGUUUCAAGAUCUUCAAUCUCUAAUGCACUUGAUAAAUCAGAACGAAGACCCGCUAGUUUGAGAGCUGGUAAAGUCAAUAUGGAUGUUGAUCUUGAAGUAGAGCAACGACUGUAUCUGGGACUGGACUUUGGUACAUCCGGUGCACGUUAUGCUUUGAUUGACAAGGAAGGAAAGAUAAGAGCCGAGGGGAAGAGAGAGUACCCUUUGUAUAUGAGUGAAGAAACAAUAGAUUGGGUCAAAUCUUGGAGAUCGACACUUUUCGGACUCUUGGAAGAUAUUCCAGUUAGUUUUCGUCCAGCUGUUGCUUCCAUUUCAAUUGAUGGUACUUCUGCAACAACAAUGAUUGUUGAUAGCAAAACAGGUGAAUCGUUGUGUAAACCUCUCCUCUACAAUCAGAGUUGUCCAGAGGCUCUGCCGAUAGUGAAGGCAAUUGCUCCUGCUAAUCACACAGUUUGCUCUGGAUCUUCUACACUCUGCAAACUUGUCUCUUGGUGGAGUUCUUCUGAUGCACCUAACAUUUCAGCUGUGUUAUUGCAUCAAGCCGACUGGUUGUUGUGGCUUCUACAUGGCAAGCUUGGAGUGUCUGAUUACAACAAUGCUUUGAAGGUUGGUUAUGAUCCUGAAGUAGAGUCAUACCCUCCAUGGCUGCUUUCUCAGCCGUAUUCUAGUCUUUUACCUCGUGUACAAGCUCCUGGGACCACAAUUGGCUCAAUAAAAGAAAGCAUCAGAACACAAUUUGGUUUCCCAGAGGAUUGUGUUAUUUGUACAGGAACCACUGAUAGUAUAGCAGCCUUUCUUGCAGCACGUGCCAAUCAACCUGGAAAAGCGGUCACAUCCUUGGGUUCAACACUAGCUAUCAAACUACUGAGCACUAAGAGAGUAGAAGAUGCACGUUUUGGGGUGUAUAGCCAUAGACUUGACGACAAAUGGCUCGUUGGAGGAGCUUCAAACACAGGAGGAGCUGUUCUAAGACAAAUUUUUACAGAUGAUCAGUUGGAGAAACUGAGCCAGCAGAUAAAUCCAGCAGAAACCUCUCCCCUUGACUAUUAUCCUCUGCAAGACGUUGGGGAAAGAUUUCCUGUCGCGGACCCAAAAAUGGAACCCAGAUUGCAUCCUCGGCCAGAAAGUGAUGUUGAAUACUUACAUGGUAUUCUAGAGUCCAUUGCUCGCAUUGAGGCAAACGGGUACAACUUGUUAAAGGAAUUAGGAGCAACCCCAGUUGAAGAAGUGUUUACUGCCGGUGGCGGCUCAAAAAAUGAGAAGUGGAUUAAGAUACGGGAGAGAGUGCUCGGUUUGCCUGUACACAAGGCGCUUCAGACUGAAGCUGCUUAUGGAGCUGCAUUAUUAGCGAUGAAGGGUGCUUUUGCACAAUAAUAACAAGAUUGUUCAAAUGGUAGACGCCGAGAGAUAGACGGCCAGCGGCCAGCCACCACUUGUUGCCUAAUGAAUUUGUGUGUCUGUGUGUUUUUUAAUAAAUAUAUUUAUUUUAUUGUUGGAUGAUCUCCAAUAUGUAAAACACAGUUUCUGCCUACUUUUUAAGAAAUUAUUGACUUACUGCCCAGAAAAUGAAAUAA